GAGAGGUUUUACUGUAGUUAAUAGAUUCUUAUAAUCAAAUUUGCAUUUAAUAAUUACGGUGGAUACUUUAAUCUUUUAAUAAUUUUUAAUGGAAUUAAGUAGAAUGUGUGACCACACCAAACAAUUAGUUAUUAAGAUUGAGCAUAAUUAUACGAAUAUUUGUGUGUGUCUUAGAAUAUUAAUUCAACAUGUGGAAUAACUGGAAAAAAUUAUACUAUCCUUGAAAACUAAAUUUUAUUUAGGUCAGGGGCCACACACAAAAGAAUUUAAAAAAGACACUUGGGUCUAUAUAAACUCAUGUUUGAAAUUGUCUGUUAAUCUUUGUAAUAAUGCAAGACGAGAGCUUCCAAUUCGGUCGAUGGCUUUCCACGCCGCCUCCUGGCGAAGAUAUUGUCAUCACAGGAAUUUCGGGACAUUUUCCCAAAUCCCCAAACGUGAAAGAAUUCCGGGACAAUCUAGUCAACAAGAAGUCAAUGCUUUCGGAAAUUGAAACACGGUGGCUUACGAAACAUAGAGAAAUUCCCCCAACUGGAGGACUCCUUCCUGAUUUAACCAAAUUUGAUUUGGGAUUUUUUGGGAUUCAUUUAAGGCAAUGCCAAAAUAUGGAUCCCACUGUUCGAAUGUUUCUGGAAGUAAGUUUAGAAGCAAUCCUAGAUGCAGGACUGCAUCCUGAAGAGUUAGAAGGAACAAAAACAGGGGUUUUUGUGGCGUACUCCGGGUCGGAUGCCGAAUGUGCAACAUUAAGAAGUACUGACCAACCACAGGCUUUUGCAAUUACUGGUUAUGAGCGAUCGUUUGUUCCAAGAAGAGUCAGUUAUUUUUUGAAACUCAAAGGACCGAGUUAUGUUGUCGACACUGCUUGUAGUAGCUCACUUAAUGCCUUAGAUCAUGCCCUUAAAGCUAUAAGAAGUGGACAAUGCGAUAAUGCCUUAGUUGGUGGCUGUCAUUUAACAAUAUUCUCACAAGUCACCUUACAAUUUGCUCGCUUUGGAGUUUUGAGCAAAGAAGGACGUUGCAAAGUGUUCGAUCAAGAUGCCGAUGGUUAUGUCCGCGGUGAAACAAUUGCUUGUGUUUUUCUCCAAAAGUCGAAAUGUGCCCGACGGAUUUAUGCAAAAAUUGUUCAUUCGAAAAUGAACCAUGAUGGCUUCAAAAACGCAGGUCUCUUCUUCCCUUCAUCUGAAACGCAAAGUAAACUCCUCAAAGAAAUGUACUAUGAAAGUGGCAUUGACCCAUCACGGUUAAUUUAUAUGGAGCUCCAUGGUACUGCUACAAAAGUGGGCGAUUUGGAAGAAGUCCAAGCUGUAGCUAAUGCCAUAUGUGAAAAACGAAGCAAAGCAAAACCACUUUAUAUUGGAAGUGUGAAGUCGAGUAUUGGUCAUGCAGAACCGGCUUCAGGUAUGGGAGCCCUUAUCAGAGUACUCCUAGCCAUGGAAGACGACUUCAUCACCCCCAAUAUCAAUUUCAAAACUAUUAAAACUGGAAUGAAUGCUCUGGAGGAAGGAAGAAUGAAGGUCGUAACAGAAGUAACCCCAUUUGAAAGUACGGAUGUCAUAAUGAGUGUUAGUAAUUUUGGUUUCGGUGGUACCAACUGCCAUCUCAUACUUGAAAGGGUUUCGGAGAAGAAAACGCGAUUUGAAGAUAAUAUCCCAAGAUUGGUUUGUAUAAGUGGCAGAAGUCAAGAAUGUGUGAAGGAGAUUUUAAAUUUUUUGAUACCACUAAGUUGCGAAUUUGUUGGUUUAUUGCACCAAAUUUUCAAGAAACAAUUUAGGAAUCAUUUAUACCGAGGGUAUUCAGUUGUUACGAAAGAUGGUACUCUUGUAACAUCAAUUAGCCGAAAUUUGGACCAGAAAUCGCCGUUUUACGUGAAUUUUGGUUGUUUCGACAAGUCGUACCAAAUAAUAGGGCAGUACUUUUUACAAUUUCCCAGUUUUCAAAAUUCGAUGCAUCGAAUUAAUGUAAUUUUGAGUGACUACAACUUAAAUAUCUUUGAUACAAUCCAAAAACCGAAACAAAAAAACAAUGAAGGGAUUUUAGGAGGCGUUGCAGUACAAAUUGGAAUUGUUGACACUCUAAAAGAAGUAGGCCUUGAUCCGAUUGGGAUUUUCACCAACUUGACAGGAAAACUAACCUGUGAUUACCUCGACCAAAAUUUGACACUUAAGGAAGUAAUUCUUCAAACGCUUAAGGAAAUUUUUGAAAAUGACUUGAAUCAAAUUCUCACGAAUCCGCAAAAAGCUAGACAUGGAAGAAACUCCCCGAAAAUUCAAAGUUUGAACACACUUUCAAAAAAAUUCAUCGUUCUAAACCUUACAGAUUCCAACCAAAUACUCUUAAAAAAUCAAAAUACAUUUUUAGAAAUUUUGGGUAAACUAUACGAAGAAGGAUACAACCUUCAACUGGAUAUUUUAUACCCAAAAGUGGUGUUUCCAGUUGGUAGGAAUACACCCAUGAUUGCACCCUUGAUAAAAUGGCAUCAUUUUAAAAAUUGGAAAGUUGACCCUCUUUUAAAACUUGCCCAAUGGUCAAAUAUGCAAUAUAAUGUGAGAUUGGCUGAAGAUAAUAUUUAUUUGUCCGGACAUGUGAUCGAUGGUCGUAAUUUAUUUCCAGCAAUCGGAUAUUUAAAUAUACUUUGGGAAUUAAUAGCAAAAAAGAAAGACGUACGUCCGAUUCAUCUUCCUAUUGUUUUCGAAAAUUGUAAAUUUGUGAGAGCUACGACAGUCUCCAAAACUGAUUACAUAUCAUUUUCUGUUUCGAUACAAAAGACAAGUGGGGUUUUUGAAAUUACUGAAAAUGAGAAUCUAGUUGCCACAGGACGUGUUUAUACUCCUAAUGAAAUCAAUUUUAUAAAUUUGCCGGAAUUGGAAAUGAAAAAUUAUUCGAAAGAGAUUUUAGACGAAUACGAAGUUUAUAAAGAGUUGCAUUUGAGAGGAUACAAUUACAGUGGCUUAUUUAAAGGAAUUGUCAAAUGUAAUGAUGAUGCUGGAGCUGGACUAAUUCGAUGGGAGAAUAAUUGGGUCACUUUUAUGGAUAAAAUGCUUCAAAUGAAAUUACUUGAGUUGGAUUCGAGACUCUUAUUCGUUCCUAUUGGGAUUGAUACGAUUUCAAUUGAUCCAUUCAAACAUUUGCAAUUUGUUACAAAAAGCGAAGAAAAUCAUCUACUGGUCAAUUCUUACAAAAAUAUUAAUCUUGUCAAAUCUGGAGGAAUUGAAAUUCGUGGUUUACAUGCAAGACCCAUUUCCCGUCGUAAAGCGACUCUCGAACCGGUCCUGGAAACCAAUAUUUUUAUACCUAAUGACUUUAAAACCAAUUUAAAUCAAUCAGUUCGAAUUAACACUCAAAUAAUUCUCGAAGAAUCACUCGACAAAAAUUUCACAGCGUUAGAAAUUAUCGACGAGUUUUCAUUUGAUUCGUUAGUGAUGCCUUUGGUUUUUAAUGCUCUCGAAGACGUGCCUUUGAUACAACCAAAUUUGUUAAUUUCGACCACAAACCAAAUUGAAGAAAUUCCUGGUGUGAAAAUAGAACCAAACGCACUUCUCCCUUCUAGUAAUCUUCUCUUGAUUGUUGCUUCAAAACUGUUACAAAGACCAACGCUCCUUAAUCAAGUUUGGGCCGCUUUGAGUCCCAAUGGAUUUGUUUUAAGUCGUGAAGAUUUGUCUUAUGUGCCAGAAAAUUUGGAGAAAAUUACAAUUUUGACUCAACAUUGCACAGAAAAUGAAAAACUGAUACUUUUCCGGAAAAGUGAGUCAAGUAAGAAGGAAAUGAUUGAAUUCAGUUCAAAUCAAUUCGAAUGGAUGUCACAAUUGAAACAAGCUUUGAAAAAUGAUGAUGAGAUAAUUGUAUUUUGUCAAAAUCGCGAAACUGAAGGGAUUUUAGGUUUUGUAAAUUGUAUACGAAGAGAGCCGGGAGGAAAAAAAAUUAAGUGUGUCUUUAUAAUGGAUCAAGCCCCAGAAAUUGAUUUUGAAAAUGGCUUCUAUGUUCAACAAGUUAGAAAAAACAUGGCUUUCAAUGUUUACAAAAAUGGAGAAUGGGGGACUUACCGACAUUUACAUCUGGAAAGUCCGACAAAUCAUUUUAGUGAACACUCUUUUGUCACUUGUAUUUCAAGAGGUGACCUCUCCACAUUAAAAUGGGUUGAAGGUCCUUUAUCUCUUAAGGAUAAUAAUCCAAAUUUGGUUAUAACUAAUUAUUGUGCUAUUAAUUUUAAAGAUGUUUUGACCGCCUCAGCUCGGAUAACUCUAAUAAUGGAUCGAAUAAAUCAAGAAAGUAUUGAAGGAGUUGAGUUUAGUGGUCAAACAUUAAGUGGUCAACGUGUUAUGGGAAUGAUACCUAAUAGAGCUUUUUCAACUUUGAUUGAUUCUGACCCUUAUCUAACUUGGCCAGUGCCUGAUGACUGGUCUUUAGAAGAUGCAGCAACCGUACCUAUGGUUUACUCAACUGUUAUUUGCGGUCUUUUAGUGCGUUCCAAUUUAAAACCCGGUAGUUCAAUUCUGAUUCAUUCCGGUACUGGUGGUGUGGGUCUUGCUGCUAUAAACAUAGCACUUGCCUAUCAAUGCAACAUUUUUGUGACAGUUGGUACUCAAGAAAAACGCGAUUUUCUCAAAAUACAUUUUCCACAAAUUCCAGAAAAUCAGAUUGGAAAUUCGAGAGACACUUCGUUCAAGGAAAUGAUUUUGAAAGUGACUCAAGGUCGUGGAGUUGAUGUGGUAUUGAAUUCUUUGGCUGAGGAAAAAUUGAAAACUUCUAUACGAUGUUUGGCGAAAGGUGGCACAUUUUUAGAAAUUGGAAAAUUUGAUUUAAUUAAUAAUAAUUCGCUUGAAUUAUUUUUGUUAAAAAAAAAUGCAAGCUACCAUGGGGUUAUGUUAGAUGUUAUGUAUAAAGCACCACCGGAAGCUAAAUUAAAACUUUACAAAGAACUGUAUAACGGUAUUGAAYGCGGAUAUGUAAAACCACUUCCAAGAGUGGUUUUUGAAAGCGACAAAGUCGAAUCUGGUUUUAGAUAUAUGACUACUGGGAAACACAUUGGUAAAGUUUUAGUGAAAAUAAGAAGCGAAAAUCAAGAAGAAUCGAAAGAAAAUUUAAUUCAGUGUUUGCCACAAUUCUGGGCUGACCCAAAAAAAUGUUAUAUUAUUCUUGGUGGUUUAGGAGGUUUUGGGUUAGAAUUGGCCGAUUGGUUAGUCUUGAGAGGUGCUCGAAACCUAUUAUUGACUUCCAGGAUUGGGAUCCAAACCGGUUAUCAAACUCAACGAGUCAAAAUUUGGCAAUCUUACGGCGCUCGUGUUCAAAUUUCCACAAUCACAAUUUCUUCCAAAGAAGAUUGUGUCAAUUUAAUUGAAGAAGCGUCAAAAUUGGGUCCUGUUGACGCCAUUUUCAACUUGGCGGUUGUCUUAAAGGACGAAUUAUUUGAAAAUCAAACUGAGGAAUCUUUCAAGAUUUCCUUAACACCAAAAGCUUUCGCCACGAAAUAUUUGGACAAAGUUUCGCGAGAUAUGUGUCCAAAUUUGAGAUUUUUUGUAGUAUUUUCUUCCGUUUCGUGCGGACGAGGAAACUUUGGACAAACUAAUUACGGCAUGGCCAACUCGAUCAUGGAACGAAUUUGCGAAAAACGGAAACUUGAAGGUUUUCCCGCCUUGGCCAUCCAAUGGGGAGCCAUCGGAGACGUCGGUUUAGUUGCCAAAAUGCAAACAGAUAAUAAGGAAUUGGUGAUUGGGGGAACCCUCCAACAGAAAAUUUCCAGUUGCCUCAAUGUCUUGGAUAGAUUAUUAAACCAAGAAAAUGCAAUAGUAUCGUCAAUGGUUGUGGCAGAAAAACGCGAUAAAAGAAUCGGGGGUGAAACUCCAGUUGAUGCAGUUUGUAACAUUUUAGGCAUAAAAGACAUUAAAAAAGUAAACCAACAAGCAAGUUUAACCGAACUUGGAAUGGAUUCGAUGUUAGGAAAUGAAAUUUUACAAACACUAGAAAAAGAUUUCGACAUUUUUAUUCCACCGAAAGACUUAAGAAAUAUGACUGUUGAAAAACUAAUCGAACUUCAAAACCAGAAAGAAUCGAAAACACAAACCAAAAAAUUGGAACAAGGCACAAAAACUCUCUUCCAGUUUCUACCAGACAGCUCUUCUGACGAUGAAUCUUCCAUAAAACUCCAAAGCUUGGUAAACGAAAAGGAGGAGGCCCCUACUAUUUUCGUUUUACCCGGAAUUGAAGGUGCAAUUAAGUUAGUGGAACCAUUAAGCCAAAAACUGAAAGCACAUGUUUUUGGUUUGCAAUAUUCGUUUAAAAAUCCAGAGAACUCGAUCCAAGAAACUGCACUUAAAAUCCUACCGCAUGUGAAAAGUUUGUUAAAGGAUAAAAAAGACUUCACUUUUGUCGCGUAUUCUUUCGGAGUGCUUGUCGCCUUAGAACUUGUCAUUUUACUCGAAGAGGAAAAUUGUUUCGGGCAAAUUUUUGCAAUUGAUGGUGCUCCUAAAUACCUAAAAGCCUCAAUUUUACAACACCUUUCCGGAAAUACCGAAACUGAAUUUGAAACGUUUAUAAUAUACACUAUUUUAGCUAAUUUUCUACCAAUGGAACUUUUAAAUAAAAACCGAGUCAAGUUGUUGAGUUGUUCGAACUUUAAUGAACGGAUUGAAACGGCAAAAACGUUGGUACCAACAGAAUUGUUUAAACAAGAAAAAAUCGAUAACCAAGUUUUUAUCACUUUCCAUAAUCGGUACAAAUCAGUUCGUGAAUAUCAAUUACAGACGAAGAAGAUUAAAUCAGGGAUUAGACUUUACAAACCUGAAGUUCCAAUGGUUGGGAAUAUGAAAGAAGAUUACGAUUUAUCGCAAUUUUGCGAAGAAAAAGUUCAAAUAAUGAAUUUGAAAGGAGAUCAUUUCACAAUAAUUGAACAAAUCGAACUUGCUGAUGACAUAAAUAAAGAAUUGGAGCUUUUAUAAAUUGAUAUUUUUUUACAGGAAAGUGUAGUACCUAUUAAAGUUUGAUAUCCAAAUAAACUAAUUUAAUUAAGUCAUACUAAAUUUCAAUGUAAAUAUAAAAAAGAUAACUUAAUAAAAUGUGGAACAUACAAAUUUAAGAAUUUUUUUCAU